GUUCAACAACGCACCACCGAUCCAUUCCUCCCAAAACUCUUUCCAGGAUUCGCGUCUCAUCGUCACCAUUCCUUUAUCACUUCCUUUUCGAAUCUAAAGUGGAGUUUGUUCCUCAACGAUGGUGUUCUACAGGAGUGUUUCGCUUCUUUCCAAGCUCAGAAAUCGUGUUGUUAAACAGCCUAGUCUGACCAAUUCAGUAAGGUGGCUGCAAAUCCAGACCUCCUCUGACCUUGAUCUUCAUUCUCAGCUUAAGGAAUUGAUUCCAGAACAGCAGGAGCGCCUAAAAAAGAUCAAGUCAGAAUAUGGAAAAGUUCAAUUGGGUAACAUUACUGUCGAUAUGGUACUUGGUGGGAUGAGAGGAAUGACAGGUCUACUGUGGGAAACUUCCUUACUUGACCCAGAUGAGGGAAUUCGCUUCCGGGGUCACUCUAUACCAGAAUGUCAGAAGCUACUGCCAGCAGCAAAGCCUGGUGGAGAGCCAUUGCCUGAAGGUCUUCUCUGGCUUCUUUUGACCGGAAAGGUACCAACUAAAGAACAAGUGGAUGCUUUAUCCAAGGAGCUGCGCAGUCGUGCCACUAUCCCAGAUUAUGUGUAUAAAGCAAUCGAUGCCCUACCUGUAACAGCUCAUCCAAUGACACAAUUUACAACUGGUGUUAUGGCUCUUCAGGUACAAAGUGAAUUUUCAAAAGCAUAUGAGAAGGGGAUCCAUAAGUCCAAAUACUGGGAGCCAACAUAUGAGGACUCUCUUUCAUUGAUUGCCCAAGUACCAGCUGUAGCUGCAUAUGUCUACCGCAGGAUGUACAAAAACGGAGAAAGCAUACCCAAGGAUGACUCACUAGAUUAUGGUGCAAAUUUUGCACACAUGCUUGGAUUUGAUAGUCCCGAAAUGCAAGAGCUUAUGAGGCUCUAUGUCACCAUUCAUAGUGACCAUGAAGGUGGAAACGUCAGUGCUCAUACCGGUCAUCUUGUUGCUAGUGCCCUCUCGGAUCCGUAUCUUUCAUUUGCCGCAGCAUUGAAUGGUCUAGCUGGACCCCUCCAUGGUUUGGCUAAUCAGGAAGUUCUGUUAUGGAUAAAAUCCGUGGUAAAUGAAUGUGGGGAGAACAUCAGCAAGGACCAACUGACGGACUACGUUUGGAAAACCUUGAACAGUGGCAAGGUUGUGCCUGGAUUUGGCCAUGGUGUUCUUCGAAAAACAGAUCCUAGAUAUAUGUGCCAACGAGAAUUUGCAUUGAAACACUUGCCUAAUGAUCCUUUAUUCCAGCUGGUUUCAAAACUUUAUGAUGUGGUGCCACCAAUACUAACGGAACUUGGCAAGGUGAAAAACCCUUGGCCGAACGUUGAUGCCCAUAGCGGUGUGUUGCUCAACUACUACGGUUUAACUGAAGCAAGAUAUUACACGGUUCUCUUUGGUGUGUCGAGGGCAAUUGGGAUCUGUUCUCAGCUCAUAUGGGAUCGAGCUCUCGGGUUGCCAUUGGAGAGGCCGAAAAGCGUGACAAUGGAAUGGCUUGAAAACCACUGCAAGAAGUCAGCCUAACUUCAUUUACCAAAAGGUUUAAAUUACAUUUUUCCUCAUCCAAAUAAUGAUAAUAAUAAUUGCUUGUAGAUACACAUUAGUUGUACGGAAAGCAGGCGGAGGGUUCAUGUAUUUGAGUGAUAUUGUGGUUUUGUGACCGGCUUCCUUUUUUAUGGACUGUGCAAUAGGAGUAGAUGAUCCAUUGUACUUUGAAAUGUACCGUUUUGGUGAGGCCGGAUUCUGGUGUUCUUGAGUUCCAACUAUGCUGGUUUUCCACAAGUAUGGACACAUUGUUGUUCUAUUUCCAUCUUUUUGCAGAA